AUGUGGGGAAAACUACUCGUCCCAGAACAGGCAAUGUUCCAGUCCUCCUUGUGUCCCGGAGCAAUUGUCCCGACAGGCAUUCAUAUCGAGUGGGGAAAUAUCGAGUGGGAAAUGCUCCCUCAGGUUGCAGUAGCAAGUUUAUCCCAUUACAGACAGUCAGGCGGAAUCCGCGACCAAAACUGCUUUACUGUCCCGCAGUUAGGCACACGACUGGCCACACAAGCCAGGGCUGCUUGCCGGUCCAGCAUCCAGAUGAGCUGUGAUUGGCCGAAAUUAUGGAUCGAACAAUCGAACACGGUUCACUCUCCGCCAAAGGCCGGUUACGAAUGCUGCGUCCAGAAGACGUUGGAAAUUCCAGAAGUCUGUGACCUCAUCUCCUUCAUAUAA